AUGACUGCCAUCUGUGCUUCUCCCCUUUGUGGUAAAGAAACUGAAUCUGCUUUGAAAUGUCCUGUCUGUUUGAAGGAAGGCAUUUCAAAUGUAUUUUGUAAUCAAAAUUGUUUCCGUUCAAGCUGGACAACCCAUAAGAGUAUCCAUAAACUGGAAGAUGGAGCUGAAGAAUAUAUCCCAUUUCCAACUUUCCAAUAUACUGGUGAUUUAAGACCACACUAUCCUUUGUCUCCAAGAAGAGCUGUUCCCCAACAUAUCAAGUUACCAGACUAUGCCAAAAACGGUAGACCUAUUAGUGAAAUCAAAAAUGAUAGGGUUGGUAAGAUUCCAGUUUUAACUCCAAAGGAAAUUGAAAAGAUGAGAAAAGUUGCUAAGAUUUCAAGAGAAAUUUUGGAUAUCACUGCUAGUCAUAUUAAACCAGGUAUUACUACUGAUGAAUUGGAUGCCAUUUUACAUAAAGAAUGUAUCAAGAGAAAUGCUUAUCCAUCUCCAUUGAAUUAUUACAACUUCCCUAAAUCAUUCUGCACAUCUAUCAAUGAAGUUAUCUGUCAUGGUAUACCAGAUAAAACUAAGUUACAAGACGGAGACAUUGUCAAUUUAGAUGUCACCAUCUAUUAUCUUGGAUUGCAUUCUGAUCUUAAUGAAACCUAUUAUGUUGGUGAUAAGGCCAAGGCUAACCCAGAAUUGGUGAACUUGGUUGAAACCACUAGAGAAUGUCUUGAUUUGGCUAUUAAAUACGUCAAACCAGGUAUUGCUUUCAGAGAAUUGGGUAACAUCAUUGAAAAGCACGCUAGUGAAAACAACUGUUCUGUUGUUCGUACUUAUUGUGGUCACGGUUGUGGGGAAUUGUUCCAUUGUCAACCAAAUAUUCCUCAUUAUGCUAAGAACAAGGCUAUUGGUAUUGCCAAGCCAGGUCAAGUCUUUACUAUUGAACCUAUGCUUAAUGCUGGUACUUUCAAAGAUGUCACUUGGCCAGAUAGUUGGACUUCCACCACCCAAGAUGGUAAACCUUCUGCUCAAUUUGAACAUAUGUUGUUGGUUACUGAAGAUGGUUGUGAAGUCUUGACUGCUAGAACCGAAACCUCUCCAGGAGGACCAAUUGCUAGAGUAUAA